AUGUCAACUAGUUUGAUUGCCGAUUACAUCGCUGGUAAAGUGAGAAGGAGAAAUCCUGAUUUGUCCACUGUUGAGCUGAAUGAAUUAUACCUUCAUGAAUCUCAAUUUGUAGAUACUUCUGAUUUUGUGGAGUCUCGUUCAUUGGAAAACUUACCCAAGUUUUUGAAUCAAUACUUUGAACCAGUUCUCAGUGCAUCUGUCAAAGAAAAGCUUGUUGUUGUGUUGUCGCUCUCAGCACUGCGAGUAUGUGAUGUAACUCGAGGCUUGAAGGCAGUUAAAGGGGGAGCCAUAAAAUUGAUUAAGAAGAAUUCUACAAAGUAUGAUGAAACAGCGCUUAAAAUGAAAAAGUAA